CUCUAGAUGGUUGGUGUGUCAUUCCUAUCGUACAUCUCCGUGCAAACGGUUCUCACCAUCAGUGUAUUGCCACCGACGACAUAUUAUUAUAACAUUGGCCACAAAAAUUCACCCCAGACAGGAAGAAGAAAAAUGUGAUCCUUUCCAGCUUGCGAGCCUGAGGGAAAGCUGAAAUGCGCGAAAUAGUUUCAACGAGCAUCGAGAGUGUGUUCUGUUGUUUGAUGCCCUGCUCGGUUUAAGUUGCUUCCUGCACCGGUUUGUAGUGUCUUUAUAGUGCUUUUAAUAAGCCCAGAAAAGAAGUCUACCAUCAGGUGAACACCCUACCAGAAGGGUGGAUCUGCAGUAUGGCGUCUUCGUAUGGUGGCAGAACCAGUUCGCCAGCCGCAUCAAUGCUCAAGUCACCUCCGACGGCUUUGCAGUUGCUGCUGGAGGAAAUAAACUUUCAACGUACCAAGGAGAUGCGACAACUGCUGAAGGAUGACGGUGGCUUCGUUGUCCUACAGGGUACCACCUAUUGGACGGAUCUCUUCGUGCGGCACUUUCUCUUCCAAACGGAAAAACAACACAGCAUCGAUUGCGAUGAUUUGCUGUUCUUCGUGCGCAAGAAACACGUCAAGGGAUCCUCCCGGGUGAUGCCAAAGUAUGAAACGGAAAUCGAAGUCUUUCGAAAGGAUUCUCGCAAACUGCCGAUCGGCGAUCCGGAUGUGGACUGGGAGGAGACGGUUUACCUGAAUCUGGUGAUCCAUCAGUUCGAUUACACGCUGACGUUGGCCAUUUGUACGAGGACUUCGCCAAAAGAGCUUCAGGUGCUGCGACGACACUCGCAGAAGGUGUACGCUUCGCCAAGUCGGAGGAAGAUGGACACCAAAGGCGAAAGCGAGGAGAUUACCUAUCCGCACAUUUGCUUCAUGGUGGACAACUUUGACGAAGUUUUCCACGAUAUUCUCGUACGGGAUGGCGAAAUGGUCUGUGUGGAGCUGGUUGCUACUGACAGGGAUGGUAGCGUUCAAGGUGUGAUAUUUUUGGGCUCGAUUCGUUACGAUGCACUGAAAAAGGUCUACGAUGCCAGGCAAUCUAGUCUUGGUUCUAAGGUGGCACAGCGCAUGUCGUUUGGUUUGUUCAGUUCUGGCGGUCCUCAAACUCGGUGCGAAUUUGUGAGGAUGAAAGGUCCCCAAGGGAAAGGACACGCCGAAAUGGCUGUGACUAAACCGAAAGGAUCUGGAGUCGAAACUCCAACCAGUGAACCUGGAUUCUGCGCCACGGACAUGUGGGACUCGGAGUGGGAAGAAGACUGCGAUGAGUACUACAACUAUCGACAUCAACGAAGGUUGAGCGACCCCAGUGCUAAUCUCAACAACUUUAGCCGAUACGGAUGGCGUGCUAAGAACACUAAUGAGUCAUCCUACGGUGGAACGAAGGCACGCUCGGAGAACGAAGGACUGGAUUGUUUGGCUAAUGAAGUGUCGGAAAUCGAAGCGGGGGAUUUGCGAGAUGAUCGUCCUGCUUCUUCGGUGUCCGAUUCGAAGCUGGCCGCCGUGUCCGGACACGGAACGCUAGGUACAGCGGCCGACCGAGCCACUACACGACGAAUCAGCCGAGGCAGUGCUGGAUCAGCCGGAUGUUGUACGUGCUUCGGACCCAGAAAACGCUGGAGCGAUACGGCUUCAGCUCAGAUGUCCGACGUGUACUACGUGCACUGUCCCAAGUGCGAAGAAGACGCUCUGGAACAGAACGAUUCACCUUCUUGUUUAAGUACGGUGUCCAAAAGCAGAUCGGCUGGAAAGCAUCCGAGCCUGCUGAUCGUGGAAAGUGAGAUAGAGUAUGGUAACGGGAAGAAGAAGACGUUGAAUAGAAGUGGAAGCUGUGGUUCAGAUAGGAAGAGCCCCAAGAAAGCGACCAUGUCCCCAUGUACGAAGAAAAAAAGCGUCAAUAACAACAAAAGUGAGAAACCUCAGGAAGCAGAGGAAGUGGAGAUAGCAGAUGACGCAGUUUCUUUGAAUGGAGAUUUAAGUGACGAGGUGGUUAAGAUUGGGGUCAUGAAUGACUUCGACGCGAAUCAAAUGAUUCGAGUCAAUGGGAAGGAGGAGUUUCCAGUAAGUGAAACUGUUAGUGCUGUGAAGACUAAAGCAAUAUCUCAGCAGAAGUCGAAUUCCAGAGGAGAUAAAACUGUGAUGAAGGAAAGCAUAAAGGAGUACCAUGAGAAGAAAUCCAAUAAAACGUCUGCAGCUUCCACAACCAGUGCCACCAAUAAUAGUGGCAGUAGAUUUUCGCUAAUGUAUCGUAAGACUAGCAAUAAGUUGUCUAUAAAGAAUAAGUAUCCCUCAGUGGAUAGCAGUACUGAAAAUGCUAAUAAUAAGCCUAAUCGUAGAAAUAGUACCAGUAGCAGCCAGAGCAGCAAAACUAAACUCAAGGAAGACGAGAAUGGCAAUUCGGGAGCCAAGAGCGAUCCCGAACGAACGGGCGAAGAACAAGAUUCUUCUCCAGAACAGGAGCGCCGUGAAAGUGCCAACAUUACAGAAGCCCUGCGUGUCCUUCGGGCCAAGAAGAUGUGCUCGACGUUACCCAAGAUGAAGAAACUGAGCUACAAUAGCUUUUAUCUCAGGCCGCAUAGCUUGGUUGGGGGACGAUUGAUCGAACAUGUGCCUAAAAGACGUACCCCGGAUGGAACCGAUAUCUACUAUUGGUGUGAUUAUCAUCCUAAGCGAGGAAAAGAACUUGACGACGGCGCUUACAACCCGCUCUGGACAACGAAGGGUUUUACCCAGACGUUCCAUUUCUGGAAGGAAAACCGACGUCAGCAGUCGACGCCGCUGAAUGCAUUCCUUACUUAUGUGACGUUGCCUUGGUGGAGCAUAGCGAAAGAUCUCCUGGAUCAUCGUGAACAACCGAUUCUCACGUUCUAGUCGAUCUAAAUGGUGCAACAUUCCUAUGGGCUUUGCAUACUACGAAACAUCACCGCUACUUCUAAGCACUUGUAGUCACUAUUAUAUUUUUCUACCAUUUUGAAAUACUGAACGAAAGCGAUCUGAAACAACUCCGUUGAUGCUUGAAUAUUAUUUAUUACAAAAAAAGUGAAGAAAAUUCGACGAACCAUUCUGUUUCUUAGGUAGGAGAACAUAAAUUUGUACACCAUGUUAACGGUGAAAUUAGGACGAACCAAUAAAAACUAGUCAUUUCCAAGGAAUUGUAAACGUGAUCGUUGAUGAAAAUUUAAGUUCCGACUACGACGUAAAAUGCUUACAAGGUGUUGCCACGCCAUUCUCUUCUAACUAACCGUAACUAAAACAACUGCUGCUAGGUUUUCACUUUUGUUAUGUUCCAUGUAACAGUAACUCGUAAAUAAUAAUCUAUUGAAUUACAUAUUGUUAAACACACGGUAAUUCUAGAAGAACUAUACCUUUACUUUUUGCGUAAAGUAAGGUACGCAAAAGCAUGGUCAUCCUGAAGGAUAGCAAGAACAAAUAAACACAUUAACGGAUACAAUAUA